GGCUAUAAAAGACGCCUGCGCGCCAUCCCGACUGGCACUCGCUUUCUCUUUCUCUGUCUUCCCACAUCCACACACUUACUUCACUCACUCGGUCUGUGAUCUCCAGCGUUUCAGCAUGAGCUAUUCCGGCGAUAUGUACACGAGCAGCUCCUACAGGAAGAUUUUUGGAGAUGCGCCGCGGCGCGUCCCGACGGCGAGUUACCGCUCCGGAGCGCAGCAGCAGCAUCAGCACCGCACCUACGGCUCCCCAUCCCCAAUGACCAUAUCCUCAAGUUACCGGACCAAACGCGGCUUCCAGCCCAUGCCAGACACCGUGGACCUGACGCAGACCACCGCCAUCACCAACGAGCUGAAGAUCAUCCGCACCAACGAGAAGGAGCAGCUGCAGGGCCUAAACGACCGCUUCGUGACGUUCAUCGAGAAGGUGCACAACCUCGAGCAGCACAACAAAGUCCUGGAGGCGGAGGUCGCGCUGCUGCGCCAGCGUCACAGCGAGCCGUCGCGUCUGCACGAUCUCUACGAGCAGGAGAUCCGCGAGCUGCGCGCGCGCGUCGAGGAGCUGACGCACGAGAAGAGCCAGAUGCACCUGGACUGCGUGCAGAUGAACGAGGCUCUGGAGCGCCUCAAGGACAAGCUGGAGGAGGAGAGCCGACUGAGGGAGGAGGCAGAGAGCAGCCUGAAGGGAUACCGCAAGGACGUAGACGACGCCACGCUGACGCGCCUGGAGCUGGAGAAGAAAGUGGAGUCGCUGCUGGAUGAGAUCGCCUUCCUCAGGAAGGUGCAUGAGGAGGAGCUGCAGGAGCUCCAGGCGUCGCUUCAGUCCACGCAGGUGUCUGUUGAGAUGGACGUCAGUAAGCCUGACCUCGCUGUAGCCCUGAAGGACAUUCGUGUCCAGUACGAGUCUCUCUCCGCCCGGAACCAGCAGCAGGCGGAGGAAUGGUACCGCUCCAAGUUCACUUCUGUGACGGAGGUGGCGGCGCGCAACAACGAUGCUCUGAAGCAGUCCAAGGACGAGCUGUCUGAGUACCGCCGACAGCUGCAGGCCCGCACCCUGGAGAUCGAGGCCCUGAAAGCCCAUAACGAGGCCUUAGAAAGACAGCUGGCGGAGAUGGAGGACCACCAAAACAACGAGAUCGGCGAGCUGCAGUACAACAAAUGCUACCAUGAUGAAUAG